AUGAAGCCAGGAGUGCGGCCCCGCAGCCCCAGCGCCAACCCGCUGCCCUGCUGGCCACCACAGCCAGAAGGACCCAGGCCCGCCAAGCGCCCCUGCCUCCACGGGUGCACCUGCCCGGGCACGCAGGCACAGCCAGACCUGGAAGCACCCACCGGGCCGGCCAGCGAGCAGCUCACCACCACCAUGUUCCUGCCUGCUGGCUUUGCCCUCCAACUCCGUCUGGAAGACGUCGACCUGCUGCUGGAGCCCCAGCCUGAUUCGGUCAUGCCAGUGACGCUCCCAGGACACUCCAUCGUCGUGGUGCCCGAGGGUCUCCAGGACUCCGCACAGAGGGCCCAGCCUGGUUUCUGGCACACCAGCCAGCAGGAAAUGCCCCAGGACCACCGGGGCGCCCUCCACCAGGGUUCCUCCAGUGCAUUUCUACCAUUUACCCAAGGCUUGGGAAACUCAGAUGAAGCCUCUCAAGGAGGCUUAGGAGGUUUGGUGAGGCCGACGCCAUGGAUGAACGCCCCAGCCGGCAUGGUCCCGGGGCUGCUUCUCCCCUUCACCGGGGUGCCCAGCCCUUUGUUCCAGGGCCCAGUGCCACGACCCUGGGGCCCAUCAGCCCCUCCUGGUGCAGAGAGAUAUGCUCCCAGCUCCACCUGGAGCCUCAAAGGCAGCGUGCUGUGGCCUCUCCCCAGUUCACCACUGCAGCCUCUCCCUCCAUCGCCUCCUCCUCCAAGUCAUCAGACACAGGAUCCUCAGAGUGCUCAGAAGCCCGGGCGCCCUUGCUGCAAGGCACGGAGGCGACUCUUCUAG